AUGAAUGUAUCUCAACAAUCAAAAUCCGCUGCUGAUGAAAUAAAAUCAAAACAACACCAACCUAGUCAUAAAUAUCGAACAGCAUUAAUUAUUUUAACAGUUCUAAUAUUAAUAGCUGCUGUUUUCAUUUCCAUUAUCAUUUAUAAGGCAUUAAAAACAGGAGCCGAAAAAGAUCGAUUUUCAAAUCCUUCCGCUGAAAACGAGACAAAUGAUCAAAAUCAAACCGUCCAAUUUCGAUCUAAUCAAGAUCGUUCCCGUUCAUUACCAUCUUGUCAAAAUGGAAUUUGUAAACAUGGAGCAACAUGUACCGAACAGCGAAAAUGUGUGUGCCUUUUUAAUUGUUCAGAAACAGAUAGGGAACGUGUUUGUGAUCAAAAUGGAGAUAUUUAUAAAAAUCAAUGCUUUUUCGAACAAUCAAAAUGCAAACAUAGAAAGGAUACUCAUCUAAUAGACGCUAAAACAUGUCGUGAAAAACUUGGUGCUAUGCGAUCGUCUUGUUCGUCGAUGACAUGCUUAUAUGGUGGAUCAUGUGAAGAGAAGAUAGAUGAAAAUGGAGCAUUAUAUGGAGAAUGUAUAUGUCCAGAUAAUUGUAAUGAAUAUGUACGUGUAACUAUCGACGAUAAAUCGGUGUGUGCUACAAAUAAUGAAACAUACAACAGUUUGUGUGAAUUAAAUAAAGAAGCGUGUCAACAACAACAAAAUUUUACAUUGGCUUAUUAUGGAACGUGCGAUCCUUGUCGUGAUUAUUUGUGUACAUAUAAUUCAGAAUGUGGUAUCGAUGCCGAUGGACAACCGCAGUGUAAAUGUGGUCGAGAAUGUUCAACAGAAUAUCGUCCACUGUGUGCCAGUAAUUAUCAGAUGUAUGAUAACGAAUGUGAAAUGAAUAAAUACGCCUGUCAAAUGAAAAUUAAACUACACAAAUUAAAUAAUGUUGAUGCUGAAAAUCUGUUUUUCUCAAAUGCGUGUAUUAAUUUGAGAUGUAUGGUCGGUAAAAUAUGUGUGUAUGAAAAUGGCAUUGCCAGUUGUCGAUGUCCACAAAAUUGUACGCAUGAUAUUGAUAAUCCCGUAUGUGGUUCUAAUCGUAUUAUAUAUCGUAAUCAAUGUGAAAUGGAACGUGUUUCAUGUGAACACGGCGAGACAAUAUAUCCGAUAGAACUGGAAAAUUGUGUCAAUUCGUGUGAAAAUCUUCGAUGUCCCUAUGGUCAAUGUAGCGUCAAAAACGGUUUAGCUUCAUGUGAUUGUGCUGAAUGUUCAUCAGAAUUUGCAGAUUAUACACAAGAACAAGAUUUAAUAUGUGCUGAUAAUGGUUAUACGUACACAUCACAAUGUCAACUAGAAUUUGACUCGUGUACAAAAAAUUCGUUAAUAUCACCAAAACAUGCUGGUAGAUGCAACAAUUGUUGGGAUGUUCGGUGUCCUUUCAAUGGUAUUUGUCAAACAAUACAAGGAAAUUAUACAUGUACAUGUAAACCAAGAGAAGAAUGUCAAUGGAUUGACAGAAAUCCAAAUUAUCGUGUAUGUGCAAGCAAUCGUCACUACUAUUCAAAUCAAUGUGAAAUAGAUGUGGCAUCAUGUGAACUACAAACAGAAUUAUAUCUUGUUGAUCAACGUUAUUGUGAAGAACAGUUAGAAUAUGGCAGUGCACAGUGUAAUGUCAGGGAAUGUGGCAGAUAUUACGGGCGAUGCAUUGAUGAUGUGUGUACAUGUCCUGAUUGUACGAGCGUAACUGAACGAGAAGAGAUGUGUGCUACAAAUAGACAAACGUACGAUAAUCGAUGUUUAAUCGAGAAAGAAUCUUGUGAACACAAAGUGAAAAUUGAACCAGAACAUGUUGGACCGUGUUCAGAAGAACCUGAUUUAAUAACAGCAUUAGUUCCCUAUAAACUGUGCAUAAAUGAUUCUCAUUGUGGUACAAAUAUGGUUUGUCUUAGUGGUAUUUGCGAAUGUAAAGAGCAAAGUUAUUUACCAGCAUUAAAAAAACGAGAAUGUUUUAAACCACUUCAGUCAAUGAAUUCAUCGUGCCACUAUUCACUUUUUGGUUGUUGCAGUGAUGGCGUAACCCCAGCUCCUGGUUAUGAAAAACGUGGAUGCCCUGAACGUUGCGCUUGUAAUCAGCAUGGUUCAUCUGCCUCUACUUGCGACCCUUACAAUGGUGUUUGUUACUGUAAACCUGCUGUCGGUGGUCCUACAUGUUCAAACUGUGAAAAUAAUUAUUGGGGCUUUUCUCGUUUAAUUUCAACCAAUAAUACAGGAUGUAUACCCUGUGGUUGUAAUCCGUUCGGAUCUGUUCGUCAAGAUUGUUUUCAAGGAAAUGGAUCUUGUGCAUGUAAACCGUAUACAACUGGAAGAACAUGUGACAAAUGUAAAGAACACGGUUUAGCCUUAACAGAACAUGGAUGUGUUGAUCUUACCUAUAUGAUGACACAUCAACGUUCAUGUCGAGAUAUACAGUGUAAAUAUGACAGUAUUUGUCAGUUAGAAUUGGGUCGACCCGUGUGUAAGUGCGAUAUAUAUUGCAAUGAAGAAGAUGAAAGACCAAUGGACAUCUGUGCAUCGGAUGGAAGGACAUACUCAUCCAAAUGUCAAAUAAAAAGACAACAAUGUCGAAAACAAUAUGAAAUUAUUCCUAUAUAUCCAGGGGUCUGCGUUGCAACUGAUGAUGAACGACGUGAAUAUCUUACCGACGACGAUUAUUCAACGACAGAAUAUCAUCCAGCUCUGAUAGAAUCAAUAAAUCCUGUCCGUCGGACAAUAGUUGGUGCAUGUACCAGACGUACUCCAUGUGAAAAUAACUCCACGUGUCAAGACAAACCAAAUGGAAAUUAUAUUUGUCUAUGUGGAUGGCAGUGGCAGGGACGACACUGUGAAGAAAGAUUUCAGGUAACAAUUCCUCGAUUUAAUGGUCAUUCAUAUUUUGAACUAAAAUCAUUUGAAAAUAUUCGACAAUUAAAACUUGACUUGAUAUUCGAAUCCAACCGUCUCGAUGGUCUUAUUUUGUAUUCCGGUGAUGCUGAGAAAAUCUCAGAACAUUUUUUUAUGAUUGCUUUAAGAAAUGGACAAAUUGAUAUCACAAUACGCGUUGACUACAUGACUGAACCAAUACAAAUAUCGCAACUAAUUCGCAUUAAUACAUAUGUUCAUCUAAAAAUAAUAAUAUCAAAUGGUGAAAUCAAAGUACAAAUAAACGAUGGAAAUAUUACAUCAAAACUGUUACCAUUUCAUAAAAAGCUUAAUCAGUUCAGUGUAGUCUACUUGGGUGCAUUACCAGAUUCGCUAAGACGAGUAUAUGAUCAACUUCGUCUACGAUCUGGUUUUGAUGGCUGUAUUCAAGAAUUUCGAAUUAAUAAUCGUCUUAUGUUGUUUAAUAGCACACAGCAUAAUGCCAUAUUAAGUGCACAAAAUAUUGAUGAACCAUAUGUUGGUGAAUUUUCAAAACAAAGUUAUAUCAAACAUCCUCCACUCAAACCAAAAAAUGGUGGAGAAUUUCUGCUAGAAUUUUGGUUUUUGACCCAAGAAUAUAAUGGUAUCUUAUUAUACAGUGUUGGAAUUCAAGAAAAGACCCAUCUUCUAUUACAUUUACAAGGUGGAUUACUUACGUUAAAUGUACUAUUAUUAACACAGACAAUUGCAAUUAGAUCCCGUUAUCCUGUUGAACUGCUGAAAUGGCAUCGAUGUAUACUACGAAUAUAUGGUCAAAAAUUCUCAUUAUAUGUUAAUAAUGAAGUACCUGUAGAUGGUUAUGCUAUAUUUGCAAAAAGUGCCUUAUGGCCAAGAAAACCAACAUAUUUCGGAGGAGUUCCCCAAGGUAAAUUAUCAGAUGAAUUACAUGGUUUACAUGGAGCUAUUCAAAAAAUAAUCCUGAAUGGUAAACCAUUAAUUGAUAUUCGUCAAAAUGCAUUAGAAUUAUCUAACGUAACACAAUAUCGCAAACAUCUAUGUUAUCCAGACAAAUGUAUUAAUAUGAAAGAAAUUUGUUUUAACAAUUAUGCAGAUGAUAGACUUUGUCAAUCAACAAAUUCAGAUUUUCUUUCGUCCACUGUACAACCGUAUGAUGCAGUAACUUCAAAAAAAAAAACUUCUUCUCCAGUUUUGUUCGAUGGAACAACUAGUUUAGUGUACUAUAAUCGUAUUAAAGAUCGAGCAUUAUCUCAAUCUCGAAAUUAUUUUAAUUUAUCAUUAAAAACUCAUUCGUUAUUUGGUCUCAUUUUUUAUAUUGGACAAUUGUAUAAUACACAGUCCAAUUUGUAUGAUCGUUAUUUAGCAUUAAC